ACUAAAAAAUAAAUAUUUUUUUUUUAAAAAAGAACAGGGUGGGGAGAAUUUAAAGUCUUAUUUUAGAACAAGACACCAUCCCUCCAGGUUUGAAGUCUCAACGAGUGAGUCUAAAAUAUGUCUGUGGGUCCCCUACAAGUGUCUACCACAGAGAGGGCCUGGCAUGAAUGAACAAGACUAAAUGCAUGAAAAAGAGUUCUGGCAAGUUGAUAAAUUUGAGCCUGUCUCCCAUUCUGCAAAGUGGCAAUUAUAAUUAUCUUAUGGGACCAGCAGUAUAUAGUGAUUGAGGGAAUGACCUCAGGUGCCAGGAUGGAAUCCUGGUUCUGAUAUUUACUAGCUGAGUAGGUAAGGUACCUUCUAUUUUCCAUUGGAAAAUGGAGAUGUUAAUAGUGUCUACUUCACAGGAUUUUUAUGAAGAUUAAAUAACACAUAACAUGUAGAAAAGUGAGUGGGAUAUAGUGAGUGCUCAGAACGUGUUAAUUAUUACUUUGAGGAUUUAAAUGAGAAAGGUGUGAUGUUAACCUUGUCUAGUUCAGAAAUCCUCCACGCACUGCUUUUGUUUCCUCAUUCUCGGUUCUUGUGGAAUAGAAUGGUCUUUGCAAAGGAGCCAGGGACCAGCUUGGGGAAGGAACCUGGGAGUUGAUUUCUGGGAUCAACCCUCUUUGUGGGAAGGCCCAAGGCUUGGGCAGAUCCUCUCUCCCUAUGCUUUUGUUAGACAAGACAGAGCGCCCUCUCCUGUUCAAAUGUGGGAACAUCACUGGCCCAGAAUUUUCGGGGUGAGCCUCACAGGGUCUCAGAGCCUGCAAGGUGCUCUUCCCCAGAAUGAAAUGCCCCAACCAGCUCAGAGGAGCAAGGUUUGGAGGAGGGGCGCCGAAGCUGGGGCAAAUCAGCCUUAAUAUUUCAGAAGGGCGAGACGGGAUAAUUCAUUUAGGAUGUGGGUGGAAGACAGGAGAAACUGGGGUCAGGGAAUGACAGAAAUCGGGGUCCUGUUCGAUUAACUUUAUGUUCUUUCAACAGGUGAUGGGGACGCGGCCGAGAGGGCCUCCUGGUCAGGAUUCCUCCCAGGUGCUGCGGAUGGAGGCAUGGGGUAGCCUUGGAACCCCAUAGACUAGUUUCGAAUCUCAGCUCUGCCAGUUAUUAGCCUGUGACUUUGAGUCUGACAAGAUGUACCAGGUUCCACUGCCACUGGAUCGGGAUGGGAUCCUGGUUCGGCUCCGCUUCACCCUGGUGGUCCUGGUCACGGUCUGCUGUCCAUUUAUCGCCUUCCUCUUCUGCAUCCUCUGGUCCCUGCUCUUCCACUUCAAGGAGACAACGGCCACACACUGUGGGGAUGUUCUCUGCGGCCUCCCAGCCCUUGGACCCCGAUGGGACUGUGUUCCGGCUCCGCUUCACAGCCAUGGUCUGGUGGGUCAUCACUUUCCCUGCGUUCGGCUUCUUCUUCUGCAUCAUCUGGUCCCUGGUGUUCCACUUUGAGUACACAGUGGCCACUGACUGUGGGGUGCCCAAUUAUCUACCCUCGGUGAGCUCAGCCAUCGGCGGAGAGGUGCCCCAGCGCUAUGUGUGGCGCUUCUGCAUUGGCCUACACUCAGCACCCCGCUUCUUGGCGGCCUUCGCCUACUGGAACCACUACCUCAGCUGUGCCUCCCCGUGUCCUGGCUACCGCCUGCUCUGCCGCCUCAACUUUGGCCUCAACGUCGUGGAGAACCUCGCACUAUUAGUGCUCACCUAUGUCUCCUCCUCUGAGGACUUCACCGUCCAUGAAAAUGCUUUCAUUGUGUUCAUCGCUGCUUCCCUCGGUCACAUGCUCCUCACCUGCAUUCUCUGGCGGCUGACCAAGAAGCACACAGUAAGUCAGGAGGAUCGCAAGUCCUACAGCUGGAAACAGCGGCUCUUCAUCAUCAACUUCGUCUCCUUCUUCUUGGCACUGGCUGUCUACUUUCGACACAACAUGUAUUGUGAGGCUGGAGUAUACACCAUCUUUGCCAUCCUGGAGUACACUGUCGUUCUAACCAACAUGGCAUUCCACAUGACAGCCUGGUGGGACUUCGGGAACAAAGAGCUGCUCAUAACCUCUCAACCAGAGGAAAAGCGAUUCUAACACCUCUGCUGCUGGGAGAAAGUAGCCCACUGCCUAGAAACAAGAAACCACUCUGGCCUUCCCCAUACCUGUGUCCUCCUGGGUCCUUCUGAAAUGGGGGAGAGGGAAGAAGGGCAUAGGACAAGGCUGACCCCAGCAUCUCUGGCUUCUCCUCCUCAACCCUCACACAGCCACAGGGGCCUUCAAGUAACGUCAAUCUAAACUGACAGGCCCCAAGAAGCUGAGCUGGAAGGAGAGCUCCACCACUUGGUGCUAAAAAAAGUUCAGAGGUUUAUGACCACCAUCCAAUUUUUGGCUUUUACCUAGCCACCUCUCACUGAGGUUAGGGACUGCUGAGCAGUGGCUGCAGCUUCAAAACCAUAGCCAUUUCUCUCCAGGUCAUUCAUUUGACUAGAACCUGAUAAUCUUCCAUGCACAUUUAGGCCUGUGGCUGUAGUCCCCUGCUGGGUUUGCCCAAGUGUUUUAGUCCUGACUUCACUUCUUUAGUCUGGUGUGGGCCCUAAGGUUUGUAUCCUUACCUAUCUGAGCCUCAGUGUGUCCAUGUGUAUGAUGGGGGGAGGUGGCAGUGUGUGAUCUCCAAUGGCUUUGCCAGUGUGCUUCUGACAUCAUCUGAUGGAAGUGGUCUAUACCUGAAGGAUGACCUGUUCCAGAAAAAGCACCAGCACGGCAUGUGUUUCUCUUCCCUUCUGAAAUCACUAGCCUAUAUACCCUUCCUCCUUGCAAAGAUAUGGGGUAGAGGGAUCAAGAGGCACAGUUCCCUACCACAACACAGGCUCCCUGGUGUAUAACUCCCUAUUACCCCAGACCCUGAGCUCUUCUGGUUGUACAUUUUAUUUCAAAUGAAAAUAAAAUUUUUUUUUCUUUUGCCAACAAC